AGGCCAUGCGCACUAUAACAUGCCUCCUCAGGUGGCGCCGGAGCAUUGUGGGAUUGGAUGAGUCUCAAGAUGGACAACCGGGAUGUUGCAGGAAAGGCUAACCGGUGGUUUGGGGUUGCUCCUCCCAAGUCUGGAAAAAUGAACAUGAACAUCCUUCAUCAGGAAGAACUCAUUGCUCAGAAGAAACGGGAAAUUGAAGCCAGAAUGGAGCAGAAAGCCAAGCAGAAUCAGGUGUCCAGCCCUCAGCCCCCGCAUCCUGGCGAAAUUGCAAACACACACAACUCUUCCGCUUCCAACAAGUUUGCCAAUGACGGCAGCUUCUUGCAGCAGUUUCUGAAGUUGCAGAAGGCGCAGACUAGCACAGAUGCUCCCCCCAGCGUGCCCAGCGCCCCACCUCGAGUACUCCCCCGUGCUGGGAAGAGGCCUCCCCUCAUCAGCAGCCCACUGAACCAGGUGAAGAACUAUGUGCACGCUAAGCAGCUGCCCCUGGCCAGCCGCCCUAGUGUCUUCCAAUCUCCCGAUGAGGAUGAAGAGGAAGACUAUGAGCAGUGGCUGGAGAUCAAAGUUUCACCCCCAGAGGGAGUCGAGACUCGGAAAGUGAUAGAGAAAUUGGCCCGCUUUGUGGCAGAAGGAGGCCCCGAGUUAGAAAAAGUAGCUAUGGAGAACUACAAGGAUAACCCAGCGUUUUCGUUUCUGCAUGAUAAGAAUAGCAGGGAAUUCCUCUACUACAGAAAGAAGGUGGCUGAGAUAAGGAAGGAAUCACAGAAGUUGCAGACAACCUCUCAGAAAGUUUCACCCCCAGAGGACGAAGAGGUCAAGAACCUUGCAGAAAAGUUGGCCAGGUUCAUAGCGGAUGGGGGUCCUGAGGUGGAAACCAUCGCCCUCCAAAACAAUCGUGAGAACCAGGCAUUCAGGUGCCUCAUUGAGAAAGUCUCUAGCACUUGCCCGGCUCCCUUUGUAACAGAGACAGUGGCCACAAGCACCUCAUCUUUGCCAGGGGAGUUGGGGGCGGGGGCGCAGUUGCUGUUGCAGGGUGUAUAUGUCCUUCUCUCCCAAGAUGCUCCCCCCAGCGUGCCCAGCGCCCCACCUCGAGUACUCCCCCGUGCUGGGAAGAGGCCUCCCCUCAUCAGCAGCCCACUGAACCAGGUGAAGAACUAUGUGCACGCUAAGCAGCUGCCCCUGGCCAGCCGCCCUAGUGUCUUCCAAUCUCCCGAUGAGGAUGAAGAGGAAGACUAUGAGCAGUGGCUGGAGAUCAAAGUUUCACCCCCAGAGGGAGUCGAGACUCGGAAAGUGAUAGAGAAAUUGGCCCGCUUUGUGGCAGAAGGAGGCCCCGAGUUAGAAAAAGUAGCUAUGGAGAACUACAAGGAUAACCCAGCGUUUUCGUUUCUGCAUGAUAAGAAUAGCAGGGAAUUCCUCUACUACAGAAAGAAGGUGGCUGAGAUAAGGAAGGAAUCACAGAAGUUGCAGACAACCUCUCAGAAAGUUUCACCCCCAGAGGACGAAGAGGUCAAGAACCUUGCAGAAAAGUUGGCCAGGUUCAUAGCGGAUGGGGGUCCUGAGGUGGAAACCAUCGCCCUCCAAAACAAUCGUGAGAACCAGGCAUUCAGCUUUCUGUACGAACCCAGCAGCCAGGGUUACAAAUACUACCGCCAGAAACUGGAGGAGUUCCGAAAAGCAAGGGCAGGCCCGACAGGCACCCAAAUGGUGCCAGAGCUCUGCCCUCAGCGCAGACCGCCUCCUGAGAUCCUGUCCGGAUCUGUACCCCUCACUGCUGCUUGCCCUACUUCAUCUGCCCCCUCACCUGCUGUCAACCCAGCUCCAGCUGCCCAUGGAAAGCCAGCCACUACAGCCACUGUGAAGAGGAAGCGAAAGAGCCGAUGGGGGCCUGAGGAGGAAAAGGUGGAAAUCCCACCCACCGAGCUGGUGCAGAGAGACGUGGAUGCCACCCCCUCACCCCUGUCAGUUCAGGACCUCAAGGGGCUAGGCUACGAGAAGGGGAAGCCCGUGGGUCUGGUGGGCGUCACGGAACUGUCAGACGCCCAAAAGAAGCAGCUGAAGGAGCAACAGGAGAUGCAGCAGAUGUACGACAUGAUCAUGCAGCACAAGCGAGCGAUGCAGGACAUGCAACUGUUGUGGGAGAAGGCACUGCAGCAGCACCAGCAUGGCUACGACAGUGACGAGGAGGUAGAUAGCGAGCUGGGCACCUGGGAGCACCAGCUGCGGCGCAUGGAGAUGGACAAGACUCGGGAGUGGGCUGAGCAGCUGACGAAGAUGGGCCGGGGAAAGCACUUCAUUGGAGAUUUUCUGCCACCAGAUGAGCUGGAGAAGUUCAUGGAGACCUUCAAAGCCCUAAAGGAAGGCCGUGAGCCUGACUACUCGGAGUACAAGGAAUUCAAGCUGACGGUGGAGAAUAUUGGCUACCAGAUGCUGAUGAAGAUGGGCUGGAAGGAGGGUGACGGUCUAGGCUCAGAGGGCCAGGGCAUCAAGAACCCAGUUAACAAGGGCACAACUACAGUGGAUGGCGCUGGCUUUGGCAUUGACCGGCCAGCAGAGCUUUCUAAGGAGGAUGACGAGUACGAGGCCUUCCGCAAGAGGAUGAUGCUGGCUUACCGCUUCCGGCCCAACCCUCUGAACAACCCCAGGCGGCCUUACUACUGAGUAUUCUGGAUAAACACAGAAACAUACUUUCCAGACAACCAACCAAGCAUUCUUGGACUGUAGAAUGUUUUGGACUGCAUUUCUGCCCGCCCUUUCCGUUGUCUCAAGUGUCAUGCUAUGUAUUAAAGUCCCAAUGCUUGCCCACUGUGGGAGCCUGGUCAUGCCAUCA